AUGAAACCAAAGAAGCUACCAAUGAGUAAAUACAGAGGCAACAAGCAACAUGAAAUUGAAGAUUCAUGUGAUAUGGUGGAUCAUAUUAGCAAUCUACCAGAUUGUAUUCUUCACCAGAUUCUGUCAUUUAUGCAUACAAAAGAAGCUGUAAAGACUUCCAUAUUAUGUACACGAUGGAAGUACCUCUGGGUUUCCAUUCCUAAACUUGAUAUUGAUGAUGCAGUGUUGUAUCCUAGAGAGAUUGAUGACAAGCAUCCAUCUAAGGUCACUUCCUUCAUGAACUUUGUAGAAAGGGUCCUCCGGAUGCGAGAUGCAUCGAAUUUAGAAAAGUUCAGUCUAAUAUGUCGUAUUUCCUCUGAUGCAUCACAAAUAAAACUAUGGAUUUCUGAUGCAAUCUCGCACAAUGUUCGGGAGCUUGAUCUUUGUAUAGUGGAUAUGAUUUCAUCUGUGCUUCCUAAGUCUAUGUUUUGUAGCAUGUCAUUGAGUAGCUUGAAAUUAGAAGUAGAAUGGAUUAAAAUCCCAUCUCACGUUUCUUUUCCAUGCCUGAAAAACCUGCACCUAGAUUAUGUUGGGUUCCUGAAUGAUGGUGAUGCAGAACGACUUUUCUCAGGCUGUCAUGUUCUAGAAAAAUUGGUUUUAUCAUAUUGCCAAUGGAUUCACUUGAAUAACAUUGUGAUUUCCAUUUCCACCUUAAAAAGCCUGACCAUAUUCGAUGACUCGGACUUUGAGCCAGAAGAUGAUGAUAUUGGUUGUAAGAUCAAGAUUGUUGCAGCAAAUCUUGCAUGUUUUGAAUAUAUCGGACAUCUAUCAAACGAAAUUCUCUUGAGUGAUAUACCUUCCCUUGUCAGAGCAUACAUUCACAUUUCUCUCCCUGAGGAGAGGCAAAAUGAAGUCACAUGUCGAGCUGUUGAUCUACUCAAACAACUACGAAAUGUUAUGGCUUUGGGGUUAUCUAAUGUCACUAUGGAGUCUCUUAUAUUUACAGACAUGCCGCUCCAUUUACCGGUUUUCCCAAAUUUGAUCAAUUUAACGUUGACUAAGGAGAUCGAGAAUUAUACUUUUGGAGCAGUGAUGAAUUUGCUUUACUUCUGUCCAAAUCUACAAUUUUUUGGUCUCUCCGAGGGUUUCGAGAACUCCAUGGACCUUGGUGAGGAAGAUAGAGUCUGGUUAUUAGUACCUAUAUGCAUGACGAAUUGCCUCAAGAUUGUGACUUUCAAGAACUUUCAUGCUACUGAUUCAGAAAUAUGUUUUCUCAAACGUGUUUUGAAGUAUGCAACUGUUUUGGAGAGGAUGAAUAUCUGUUGGUCUAAGACUCAGGUAGGAGAACGAAAGAAGGAAACAGAUGUCAUAAAGGAAUUCGAUAAGAUCGAAAGUAGCUCUGCAGCCUUUGUUGUCAGGUUCACAUGAAAUAUCAACAACUUUUAUGUGCUUUUAUUUCUUUUUUAGUAUUUCCCAAUAAAUUGGGAUUUGAUGUGCGUUGCUCCUUUGGAUUUUCAUAUGCAUUAGGAUUUCAUAAAUCAUUGAUUUGAAGGUUUGGGUAAACAUUUCAUUUCAUUUCAUUAUUUGUUUGCUGGUUUGAAUUUCAUAUGUCUAUAUUAUCGUAUUGCCACAUUGGUUGCCUAGUUGUCAGAAAACCGGUAAAACUGGAUAUUAAAGGUUAAAUUUGUAUAAUUUAAACAUUUUCUACUAGACUGAGGGUGUGUUUGGUUGUAGAAAAUUGUUAUUUUAUUUUUGUAGAAACGUUUUAAAA